AUGGCAACAGUGGUGCCUGUCCUGAUGUCCCUGCUGCUCCUUCUGGGUUCUGCGUUCCUCCAGGAUGCCCAAGAUGGUACUUACUCUCUGACCUAUGUCUACACUGGGCGGUCCAGGCCAAGAGAAGGCAUCCCUGUGCUCCAGGGCAUUGUCUACCUAAAUGACCAGCCCUUCUAUGAGUACAACAGUGACAGCAGGAAGGCUGAGCCCCUGGGACCAUGGAAGAAUGUGGAAGGAAUAAAAGACUGGAAGAAUGAGAGCCAACAUCAGCAGGCCAGGCAGGAUUUCUACAUGAAGACCCUGCAAGAAAUCAUGGACUAUUACAAUGACAGUGAAGGGUCUCACAUUCUACAGGAAAUGUUUGGCUGUGAGAUCAGGAAUAACAGAAGCAGUGGGGCAUUCUGGAGGAACGCAUAUGAUGGACGGGACUUCAUCGAAUUCAACACAACAAUCCCAGCCUGGAUCCCCUUGGACCCAGCCGCCGUGAUGAUCAAGCACAAGUGGGAGACAGAAGGCUCUGUGUACAGAGCCAGGGCGUACCUGGAGGAGGAGUGCCCCGCCAUGCUGCGGACAUACCUGGAAUACAGCAAUCUGUAUCUGGACCGAAAAGACCCUCCCUCUGUGUCAGUCACCAGCCGUGCAGCCCCAGGAAACGAGAGGACACUCAAGUGCAUGAUCACUGGCUUCUACCCAGAAGACAUUAUUCUGUACUGGACUCGAACUGGUGUCCCACUAGGGCCUGAGUUGGGGGCAGUUGUUCCCAGCAGGAAUGGCACUUAUGAGGCCUGGAUGAGUGUGCAAAUCCCCGCUUAUGACAGAGGCCCCUACUUUUGCUAUGUGGAGCACAGCAGCCUGGCCCGGCCCCUCAUGAUGCGGUGGGUUGGGGAACCAGUAGUAAGAGCUGCUGGCAACUCGGGGACUCAGCCCCAGUAGCCACCCUUUCUGCCUGACAUGAGACAGCUCAGCCUCAGCAGUCACUGUCAGUGUCAUCAGCAAGGCCCAUGGAGGCAGUGUCAGGGACAGACAGAUGGGGGAUUUGGAGACAGAAGACGUGAAUACCGGGCACUGGGCUGACUCUCACCACCAAAUCACCUCCCCUUGCAAACCCCAUUGUCUAAUCUGUAAACCUAAUAAACAAUCAUCUCCUUGUGCAGCA